UCUAAAUACUUGGGCGCUUCUUCGGGUUCGAAACACGAGGAUCCAACUGGAGGUGGAGAGGAGUAAUCUUGAACCCAAAGCUGCCUUGCGGGGUAUAGAAUAGACGGGCCUCCCGGGUCCUCGUUACACCAGCACAAUGAGAAGUUCCAACGGUUGUUGGACUUGCCGGCUCCGACGCAAGAAAUGCGAUGAAAAGCACCCUGUAUGUGAUGUCUGCGCUGCACUCUGUAUCACAUGCCACAGUUUCCUGGACGCCAGGCCGGAGUGGAUGGAUGGCGGCGCAAAACAGGAAGAGAUGGCUGAGCAGCUCAAACGUGAGGUCAAAGAAAAGGCCCAUCGCCGACGUGGGGAUCGUGUGGUCCAUAUUUCUAGCGAUUACGUUUCAACUGACGAAGCUUCUACGGUCGAUUUGAUGGCGCUUCCCCAAAAACCACCCAUGGACCUGGCUACUCCUAUAUGCGAUCUCCUAAGGAAAACCCCGGGCAUCCACAACGAUGGAAUGGCGCCGUCACCCGAGGCAUCCACUGAAUCUCGCGAAAACAUUGCCUUUGGACGGUCUGACACUGUUCUCCUUACGUUCUACCUGGAACAUUUACUUCCCUUUCUGUUCCCGUUCUAUCGUCCCUCUCUCCUUCAAGGCGGAAGAUCAUGGGUCUUCGAGAUGAUGAUAAGUAGCCCCGUAAUACGGCAGGCCACCUUAUGUCAGAGUUCCUAUUUCUUCUCUCUUGCGCGGGGAACGGCCAAUCGCGAUGCAAUCUGGGAUGAAGUGCUCACGCAAACCACGAAUGCCUUCGGGGUGCUGAGACAAGCACUGCAGGUUAUAGAUGGCUCAGGCGUCGCAAAACAUCUGCACGGCGCCGUGCGAAUCAUGGCGAGCAUCAUGCAGAUGCAGCGUUUCGAGAUCGCCGUCUUAAGCUUUCACAACUGGCAUACACACCUCAAUGCCGCUCUCGUUCUAUUUAGACAACUCCUCGACAGCGCCGUCGAAUCAAGAGAGCCUAUUUCACGUUUCGACGCUGUCAUGAGCCGCUUGGGUCCGUCGUCGUCGUCAUGGAGCUGGCCUAGCCAAAGUGACCAGGUUCCGAGCGCUGAACAGGCCGCCUUUCGCUUCUCAUCCACCCUUGUCAUAUUGGAUGAUAUUAUUGCCAGUACGGCACUUCAGGAGCAACCUAGACUCUACGAGUACCAUCGCAGCCUUCUUGGUGGCAUCCAAGGCACUGAGGAUCCCCCUAUCAAUCUCGAGGCUGUUGUCGGGCUCAAGAACUGGACCUUGCUACAAAUCGGCGAGAUUGCCACGCUUGAAGCAUGGAAACAGCGAUGUAAGACGGCUGGAAAUCUCGAUGUCGUGGAGCUAGUCCGCCGCGCCACAGCUAUCAAGGAGUCAUUAGUAGCUCAUCUCAUGCGCCUCGAAACCGAUCCGCCAAAAGCUCCGAAAGAGAAUAACAGCUUUCUGGAUAUUUUCGCUCCACCCCUCAGCCAGUGCUCUUUAGUCUCCCGUGUCUGGGCUCACGCAGCGCUCAUAUAUCUAUCUAUCGUUGUGUCCGGAUGGCAACCCACCAACGUCGACGUGCGUUAUCACGUUAAUCGAGUCAUCGAGCUGCUGAAGCUUCAAAGAUCGCCGGCACUACUUCGCACAAUGGUGUGGCCGUUCUGCGUCGCAGGCUGCCUUGCGGAGCGCGGCCAGGAGGCUCACUUUCGUGGGAUGGUAGAGGUUCUGCAACCUCCGAGCAUCUUCGGCACGGUACACAAGGCGCUUGAGAUUAUGGAGAACGUAUGGCGUAAUAGGGACACAGACUUUGCGACCCGCGACAUCGCUACGUGCUUUAGGGCCCAGGGUAAUCUGGUGUUACUUGUCUAGCUAGCUAUCAGGGGGAUAGUUCUGCUAUGUUGAGGGUACUUGAUUCGGUUCUUGCUCAUGACAUUGAUUUGACAUCUAACUUUGAUAGAUUUGUCAUGACUACUCCUCAUGACUAUUCCAUUUCCUCACUUGAAUUCGACGUAGCCCUUGCCCUUCACGAACGUGGCGUGG